AGAAAUCAAACAAUAUAUUACAAAAAUCUAGUUAUAACAUGUUACAGUAGAGUCACGAAAACUCGGCACUCGAUAACCCGCAGUCCGGAUAACUCGGCCACACCUUGGCAGGGCGAAAACGAAUUUAGGCGAACUUAACUCUCCCGCCUAAACUCAAUCUUUUUAUAUGGAAUGAAGAUAGUGCUGAUUGACCAAUGAGCACUUCAUAGUCCUAUCGGAGGUCCGUGCAAUCGUCCAAUGAUCGACGGCCAAUCAUCUAUUCUGUUUUCAAAACUAGUGGUCAUUUCUCGAUCCGUAUUUCUACGGCAACAACCAUUGCUUGUGUGAAAAAGAGGAAAAGUGCGGAAACAGUACAUCUAAACGAUUCCAUCACAACAACAGUACUCUGCGAUGGCAUCUUCUGUUAAAAGAAAACAAGUGAACAUGUCUAUGGAACAAAAGUUGAGGGCAUUAAAGAGAUUGGAUAAGGGAGAAAGUGUCAGUGCAGUGGCUAAGGACUUGGGAGUUGGCAAAAGUACGAUUAGAGACUGGAAGAAGAAGCGGACAGAAAUCGAGUCGUGGUGUGUUAGCAGAAUGUGUACAGAAACAUUGAAAGAAAGGAAAAGUAUGAAGGAAAGUGACUUUAAUGAGGUAAGCGAAGCACUUUACAUUUGGUUUCGCCAAACAAGAAAGAAGGGCACACCAAUUAGUGGGCCAAUCUUGCAAGAGAAGGCCUUGAAAUUUUACGAAGAAUUUAAAAAAGACAACGAUCCUAAAUUUGUUGCAAGCACUGGCUGGCUUGAUCGCUGGAAGAAACGCUAUGGAGUCCGGCAGCUUAGUAUUUGUGGGGAAAAACUAUCUGGGGACAUAGAGGGUAUGUCUCAGUUUAAAAAAAUCUUUCAGAAAUUUAUCAAAGCUGAAGGUUUGACCAGAGAGCAAUUGUACAAAUGUGAUGAAACAGGGUUAAAUUAUAAACUGCUACCAGCGAAAAGUCUUGCUUUCAAGGAAGAACAAUCAGCCCAAGGUUUUAAAACAAGCAAGGAGAGGGUAACAAUCCUAGCAUGCAGUAAUGCAACAGGUGAGCACAAAUUAAAGCUUGGUCUCAUAGGAAAAUCAAAGAAACCAUGUGCGUUUAAGCACAUUGAAAUGGGUAAACUUUCAGUUUGGUAUCGAAACCAGUCACAUGCCUGGAUGAGCUGUGCAAUUUUCAAAGAAUGGUUUCAUGAAGUAUUUGUUCCAUCGGUUGAGCAGUUUUUAAAAUCUAAAAACCUGCCAAGGAAGGCUAUUCUGAUUUUGGACAACGCGUCUUUGCAUCCAGACAUUGAAGAGUUAAAAAAUGGGGACAUACGAGCAAUGUUUCUACCACCCAAUGUGACGGCGUUAUGCCAGCCAAUGGACCAAGGAGUUUUGGUUAGUCUCAAGAGAAGAUAUAGGCACAAGCUGUUAUCCUCCCUUCUUUCUGCAAACGAUAAUGAUCAAGGUCUUAUCCUCCAGAACUUAAAGAAAAUUAACCUAUUGGAUGUUGUUGGCUGGGUGGCAGACGCCUGGAAUGAGUUAGAGUCAUUAAUACUAGUUCGUUCCUGGCGAAAACUUCUUGAUCACGAGGGAAAUGAGUUCAUUGAACAUGAUGAUGCAGAAAAUGUAAACUUACUCAACCUCCUGAAAAGAGUUCCUGGAUGUGCAGAAGCCAAUGAAAAUGACAUCGAACAGUGGUUCCAGAACGAUACCGACCAAAACAUUAUGUCCAAUGCAGAAAUUAUUGCUGCUGUCACAGUUAAUGAAAAAAUGCUGGAAAAUAAUGAAGAUGUUGACGUUGAGGACUCCACUGUACAAGCUCCUAAAAUAUCACAUAGUGAGGGACUAAAGGCUGUCGAAACCGCCCUUCAGUAUUUUGAACAACAAGGUGCAUCGGUAAUGGACUUACUGUUCCUUCGUCGUCUUCGUGAUGAAGCAGCAAAACGCAGAGUGCAGUGCAGAAGACAACAGGACAUUACUCAUUUCUUUAAAAAAAAGUAGCCAGUUUUUGCAAAGUCGGCUAGAUAAUUUUCAUUCUAGACAGCUUUAUGCUUUUCUGAGGUUUGUCUUAUCAGUUAAAUUACUAUACACUGUGUAUUCAUUAAUUUUCAUUUUCAUGUAGUAAAGGCUCUGUGCUUUCA